AUGGGCCUCAAGAAGCUUGUGAGGGACGUCCCGUCAACCACCGCCGAAUUAGGCAAAGCACUUGCAACUCCCAACCACGAGGAAAUUGCAGCCGAUGCUCGUGCCCGCAGGGUAAACAUCCAGAUUCUACCAGACCUGCCUACUGGUCCAGCUGGCCACGACAAGACUCCGCAAGCUCCUAUUCCUACUACGCGUCAGAACGGCAACGAAAAAAGAGCUGGCGAGAACCAUGACGAGGGCAAGGUCACUGCUGCCACUGGAGCUCAGUGUACCUCUUGCCAGGGCCCAAACAAGCGUGCCGAGCACGGAGACGCGGCUACAACCAUUUCGAGGGGUGGUUUCGCUACACAAGUUGAAACAGAGGGCUCUCUCACAGUCCGCAUUUCCGACGCCGCUAGAACCUCGACUUUCAACCUCAGCGAUUGCGCCUCCGCCAUCGUGACUGUCAACAUCCGAAAGAAAGCCAUCAACGCUCCUGCCCCUACCAGCCACAUCACGGCCAAUAACAAGGGUAACAAAGAGGCGAAGACGGAAGGAGCUGCCUAG